CCAGUACUUCCCUUACCGUAAACCUCGCCUCGUCCAGUCCAUGAAGCGAGACAUCUUUCCUCUGCUGUGUCUCUCCAGACUGAUACUGACGCUGUUCGGCCGUCCCAGGCCCCCCAGUUGCCCAGCUUCCGCAUCGUAUUCGACAUUGCGGGAACCGGGACUCGGGUUUCUAAGACAAACAUCGCACCCAGACGGCAUUCACUCUGAGCAGGCAGUCCGAAUGGGUGCGGGUACCGACGCCUGCUCGACGGCUCUGGGCUGAAACAGAGACUUCAGAUAUCGUGC